AUGCCUCAUGUUGGCAAUGAUUUGCUCUUCGAAGUUGCCGGAGGUAUCGCAUCGGCGCUCGCGUACCUGCACGAGGGCCUUGUAUUACAUAGGAAUGUUUGGCCGGGCGCGAUCCUCAUUACCCACGACAAGAAGGCGAAACUGUCCGGUUUCGCACACGCCACACGAUUGCGGACACCUACCUCCUAUAUGUCAGGCGUAUGUGGAAACGUUGCGUACUGUUCUCCAGAAAUGACAUCAAGGGGAUCGUAUAGCUUCCCAACCGACAUGUGGUCGCUAGGCUGCGUGUUAGUAGCGUGCAUAACAGGAACACCCUCCUACACGGCUCUAGGUUCUGCGAAGGGCGUAGGCCCCCAGCUAUUGGAUCUCCUCGAUGGAUUGCUUCGAAUUUCGCCUGGCUCUCGCAUAAAAGCCCUUGGAACUAGAACUCAUCCCUUCAUUCAACACUCAUCCGCAGCCGCGAAACCGAUCUUUCUUUCGGAGAAUGACGGGAAUCCCUCAAAGAAGUCAACCUUCCUCCAAUUAAAGCAAUCCAUUUCCCUCCCACCUCGACCCCCUUCUUCACGCCAACCUAAGCGAGCGAUAUCCCACUCCAAUGUCGUAAAUACUGACUUACGCAGUUUGCUUGCGGAUGAACUUGCGUCUCGAACCACUCAGGGGGGUGGAGCGUCUAGACGCGUCGUUUCUGAUCCAUUUCCUCGUCGGGCUGUGGCCCUAGCAGAGCCAGCUAGUAAACCAGAAACACAACCAUCGGCUCUCCUCCAGAAGGUCUCGUCGCGCCUCCAGAACCUCGACCCCCCUCAACGGCGUAUUACUCCGAUUCUGCGUCCAAUGCAAACAUCUCGGAAUACCAAGUUUGAGGCGACACCACCACCACCACCACCACCACCACCACCCCUCCCUAUAGGCAUCACUCGUCCUCUUCCUUUCAGCACUGAUCUUUUGGCACCCCAAACACACAGAACUAUCCAUGGUCGGAUCACCGUACUUCAAUGUCGUUCUUUACUCGUUGACUUCCGAGAGAGCCGACAUGUCACACACCAGGACGAAUGGGCGGUGCUGAUAAUUGAGCCGAAUGGUGCUCAGAUUGACGUAUACAAUAUGCCCGAUAUGUCAACGCCGUGGAAGCUUAACCAGCUUUACGUAUCAUAUCGCCUUGAGGAUUUGCCAACAGCUUACUGGAAACAGUUCAACGAUGCUGCGAAGUCGGUCGAGGAAAUCAAAAGGCGAACUCCCCAGCUCGUCCUUUACACUCCCGUUGCAAGAUGUACUUUAUGGGCUAACGGUCCUCCCGCUGACAUUGAACUGCUGUUUAGAUCUUAUUCUCCUUCACAUAAACUGCCGGCCACCAUAGCGGACGCUGUACCAACGAUGAGGGUCCGCUUUAGCCGCCAAUGUCGUUCACUGGAGAUCGCCCGUUAUGUUGACACAGAUCAAGGAGGCGAAUGGCUCAAGAAAGACCUAAUUGGAUAUAAGCAUCCGGCUGAUAUCUCUGCUUCUGAUUAUCGUGCUUUAGCGGACGUAGAGCGCGAUGCACUCGCCCAACUUUCUGACUUCUUGAAGAAAUGCGAGACUAUCGAAAAUGCGCCGGUUGUACCUGUUGCAAACGAAAACAAUGAAAGUGGGGACGGAGUUCUUUCUAUUCCUUCUGGGUCGACAAUGCGUUCUCCUCUCUCGACGGUGGUUCAGUCACUAUCUGGCGGCCUCAUUCCUCGACCAGUAAAGACCAGCUACCAACCAGGACAACAACAGAUACCCUUCAAAAGUUGCUACUAUGCACAGCCCAACGAUGUUUCUCUAUCACUGGCCUCAGACACGGACACAACGACGGCAGACCCACGCCUUAUUACUCUGGAUGGACCGAAUCUGUCUGGCUUCCUUUGCGACACCGCCGAACCUUCAUCUGACCUUCAAACUCGCUUCAUUCCAUCGAUCGGAUGGUGUGUUCGCUAUGGCUCUCGUAUCUCACAAGGAGGACGCUUCAAAAUCAUGUUUAAAGACGGCGCAACCCUGGACAUCAAUGUUGACGAGGACUGGGCUGAAUUUACGGAUCCCCUGGGCGACACAUCCAGGUAA